AUGGCGUUCGCGGCGUUCAUACUUACCGGUAGGCAGUUUGUCUGGCCAGCCUGCUGUCGUGCUCAUCACAAGCUCGGCCCCGCCAGCUCCUCCUGCGCCUCCUGCACCUCCGGCCCCUCCGGCUCCUCCUGCCCUCCUGCGCCCCCUGUGCUUCCCUCGGGCGUGGUCGACUGGCGCAACAACCCUCCGUUGGACCCUCUCCAGAACGAGGGGUUUUCCCAACCCGCCGCCGCUUGGGAUGAGGACAUGGCGGGUGACGAUGAGGAUCACCUCGUCCUGGCCCACAUGCGCGAUGCGGGCGAGGUCGAGGUGGCAGAGGACGUGCACGUCGCCCCUGAAGUGGAGGAGUGGGUGAACCCCCUGUAUGCAACCGCCGCAGAUGACGAGGAGGCGACAAAGGUGGCGGAUGCCGAGGAUGCCAGGGACCUCCCUGAGGAGGAGGAGGCGGAGGAGGAUGAGGAGGAGGAGGAGGAGGAGGAUGAGGAGGAGGACGCGGAGGAGGAAGAGGACGAGGAGGAGGCAGGGGAUGAGGAGGAGGCAGGGGACGAGGAGGAGGAGGAGGAAGGUGGGCUGGAGGAGAAUGCGGAUGAUGAGUGA